UCGAGUGGCUCAGAAGUCCACCCACCCCUCAAGCAGGGACAGCAAGCCCACCUCCAAAACCCACCACAGAGCUGCAGCUGCUCGUCCUCCAGCAUCCUCACCUUCACUCAGGCUGAGGGGGAAGAGAAGCGAAGUCGGAUGUAUUUUGAACGGAGACUGACAGCGAGCACCAACUCCAGCAUGCAAGUGAUAACAUGCGCCUUGUUUAUCCUCGUCACUUUGCCUCUGAGCGCUGUGUCGGAGCCUGAGUCCUGUCCCUCCGUCUGCGACUGCAAGGAGUGGAGAGAUUACACCAUCUCCUGCUUUGACAUUGAUAUUCUCCCCAGAUUUCCCUCAAGCACGGAUACGCUAUGGCUUUUGGAAACCCGUCUCUCCUCCGUGCCAGCAGAUGCUUUUGCCAACAUGGUCAACAUCUCAAGGAUACAUAUAUCAGUAGACACGAUGCUGCAGCGGCUGGAGAGGCACUCAUUCUACGGCCUGAGGAAAAUAACCCACAUAGAGAUACGGAACACAAAGAGUCUGACCUACAUCGACCCAGAAGCCUUUAAGAAUCUCCCAAACCUCAAAUACCUUGGGAUUGUCAACACUGGCCUAGCCAUCUUCCCGGACCUGAGCAACAUCCACUCGAGCGACAUGAGCUUCAUCCUGGAAAUUGCUGAUCACCCCUACAUCUCCGUGAUCCCGGCCAACUCAUUCCGUGGUAUCACCAGCGAAGUGCUGACAGUGAUGUUGUAUGGGAACGGCUUCACAGAAAUCCAACAUCAUGCCUUCAACGGGACCAAGCUAGAUCAAGUCGACCUUCACAGAAAUACGUAUUUGACCAAAAUGGAUGAGAAGAGUUUUGCGGGCACCAUCAGCGGCCCUGUGCAUCUGGAUGUGUCCCAGACAGCGAUCACCUCCCUGCCAACCACAGGCUUGGAGUCUGUACGGGAGCUGAUCGCGCAGGAUGCCUGGGCCCUCAAGAAGCUGCCGCCCAUCAAAACCUUCAAACACCUCACCACUGCCCACCUCACCUACCCCAGCCACUGCUGUGGCUUCAAAAACCUCAGAAAGAAACGAGGCUUCUUGGAGUACAUUAUCUGUAAUCUGACUGCUUUCUAUGAUCAGCAUCACAAGCGGUCGGUGGGGCCGCUCCGUGUGCCGUCCCUCCAAGGGGACAGCAUGGUUGAAACGCCACCAGAUCAGGAACCGAGCGAUGGGGACCUCAGAGAAUCCCAGCAAGACUGGAGGAGAAGUGACUUCCAUGGCAGCCUCCACUAUCAUGCCUACUUUGGGGGCCAGCCAGAUGAUGAUGUGGGUUUCGGGGAGACCCUCAAGAACCCUCAGGAGGACACCAGCCAAGAAUUUGACAGUCGGUAUGAUUAUGUGAUGUGCGACGAAGGAGAGGUGGUGACGUGUAAGCCAGCACCUGAUGAGUUCAACCCUUGUGAGGACAUCAUGGGUUUUGGUUUUCUGCGAGUGUCGGUGUGGUUCGUGAGCCUGCUGGCUGUCCUGGGGAACAUGGUGGUGCUCCUUGUCCUCCUCACUAGCCACUACAAGCUCUCUGUUUCCCGCUUCCUCAUGUGCCAUCUGGCCUUUGCAGAUCUAUGCAUGGGGAUCUAUCUCCUGCUCAUCGCCUCUGUAGACCUUCACACACGAGCUGAGUACUUCAACCAUGCCAUAGACUGGCAGACGGGCCCUGGCUGUGGACUUGCAGGGUUCUUCACCGUCUUUGCCAGCGAGCUCUCGGUGUACACGCUGACAGUGAUCACGCUCGAGAGGUGGUACGCCAUCACGUUUGCUAUGCGGCUGGAUCGCAAGCUGCGCCUGCCUCACGCAGCGGCCGUGAUGCUAGGUGGGUGGAUAUUCUGCCUCCUCUUGGCUCUGCUGCCGCUAGUUGGGGUGAGUAGCUACCAGAAGGUCAGCAUCUGCCUCCCUAUGGACACCCAGUCCAUUGUGGCUCAGGUCUACAUCAUUUCAGUGCUGGUCCUCAACAUCCUGGCCUUUCUGGUCAUCUGCGCCUGCUACUUCAAGAUCUACUGCGCAGUGCACAACCCACACUACCACUCCGGUUCCAAGGACACCAACAUUGCCAAGCGCAUGGCUGUCCUUAUCUUCACCGACUUCCUGUGCAUGGCUCCCAUCUCUUUCUACGCCAUGUCGGCCAUGCUGGACCGACCGCUGAUCACCGUCUCCAACUCCAAGAUUCUGCUGGUGCUCUUCUACCCGCUCAAUUCCUGCGCUAACCCGUUCCUCUACGCCAUCUUCACCAAGGCCUUCAGGGGGGAUGUGUUCAUUCUCCUCAGUAAGGUGGGUCUGUGCCAGCGGCAAGCACAGGUCUUCAGAGGACAGACAGUGUCGUCAAAGGGCAGCAGUGGGACGUGUCAGGUCCGCAAGGAAAAGAGUAAGAUUAAGAAAGGAGGAGGAGGAGGCCCAGGGGAGGUGCCCAUCCACCUGAAGGAUUGCUCUGGACAUACCUACCACCAGCCAAUCAGCCAGCAGACAAGUCCUGAAGAGAGCCAGAGCCUGGACACGUGAGCCUGAACACCAGCCUGGGGUAGUCAGGCAAGACUGGUUCAGGUGGGAGAGAAGUGGCCUUGAAGUGUUUGUGGACUGUUCUGUUUGGAUAUUUAA